CGCGCAGCGGAAGUGACGCGAAGCGUAGCGGAAGUUGCUGCGGCCGCGGUGUUGUGCUGUGGGGCCGGGAGGCAGGGUUGUAAACGCCGGAACGCGCGAGGUUCUGCCGCCCCGAGGCCGCUGCUGCGCGGAGACCCGGGGAAGCCACCGCCACCAUGUCUGACCAGGAGGCAAAACCUUCCACUGAGGAUUUGGGGGAUAAGAAGGAAGGGGAAUAUAUUAAACUCAAAGUCAUUGGACAGGAUAGCAGUGAGAUUCAUUUCAAAGUGAAAAUGACAACACAUCUCAAGAAACUCAAAGAAUCAUACUGUCAAAGACAGGGUGUUCCAAUGAAUUCACUCAGGUUUCUCUUUGAAGGUCAGAGGAUUGCUGAUAAUCAUACUCCAAAAGAGUUGGGCAUGGAGGAAGAAGACGUGAUUGAAGUUUAUCAGGAACAAACGGGGGGGCAUUCGACGUUUUAGAUAUUCUUUUUAUUUUUUUUUUCUUUUCCCUCAAUUCUUUUUUAUUUUUAAAAAAUAGUUCUUUUGUAAUGUGGUGUUCAAAAUGGAAAUGAAACCGGCACCCCAUCUCUUUACAACAUCUGGUAAUCUGCAUUCUAGUGCUCCUGACUCAUCACUGUUUGUUUUCAUCGUGCUGAUUUUUGGUGAUCAGACCUCAGAUUCCUUCACAUUGUCUUCUUUCUGAGUUGUGUUCAAGCCGCAGGCCGCAAUCACAAGGCCGGCCGUGCUAUCCCCUUGGCUUUCCGGUCAGCCCUGAGAUUCGAGCUUGUGAUAGCUUCACUCCUGGACUAGGACUUGCAAUGGGAGGUGGAAGUUUUUCAGAGAACCAAACUGUGGAAAAGUGACCUUUCCUAACUUGGAGCUUCAUAUCUGAGGGUCUGGACCAAAAGAAGAGGACAACAAGCUUUGGCGUCCACAUGACAGCUAUGGGAGAGGUGACCAGCUCCAAGGGUGGCUCCGCUGGAGAGAAAACAGGCUUAUAAUUUAAAAGAAAUCUUGUCAGAAGAUCCCAGAAAAGUUAAUUUUCAUUCAAAAUUAAUAAAAUUACUCAUGCAGAUGUGUAUACACCAAGAACACUGCUCUUUUUGAGUUUGUUUGUACCUUUUGGCCUGGGAUAUGGGUUUUAAAUGGACAUUGUGUGUACCAGCUUCAUUAAAAUAAACAAUAUUUGUAAAAACUGUA